AUGCCUCCCAAAACCGAGAGAAAGUUUGGAAACUGCAGCACAAAAGCACACAACGGCAGCCAAACCUCCGACCACGAAGAUGUCUUUAUACCGACCGAGAAGCCUUCUCCAAUCCAAACUUCAUUCCCACAAAACCCAGCCGAAAGACAACAGCAAGACCUGCUCGGAGUUGGAUCCAAGGCCGAAUCAACCUGGUCGGCAUGGUACAAGGCUUGA